AUGGCAGAAGACCAGCCACACCUGUGUAUUCAGAUGUCAGAAUCCAGUACAAAUGGCAUUCCCAGCAGAAUGCAGUCCUUGCCAGAUUUGGCUGACAGGGUAGGAAGCGUGCUUACCUUCCACAAAAUCUACUACCAUGUGAAGACAAAGACUGGGUUCCUGUGUUUCCAAAAAGCCACCAAAAAAGAAGUUUUGAGAGAUGUCAACGGCAUCAUGAAACCAGGACUGAAUGCAAUUUUGGGACCCACUGGCAGUGGUAAAUCUUCGCUACUGGACAUUUUGGCUGCAAGGAAGGAUCCCCGUGGGCUCUCUGGUGACAUUUUGAUCAAUGGUGCUCCUCAGCCUGCCAAUUUCAAAUGUACCUCUGGGUAUGUAGUACAGGAUGAUGUGGUCAUGGGGACCCUGACUGUAAGAGAAAAUCUGAAGUUCUCAGCAGCACUCCGCUUGCCAAAGUCAGUGAAGGAACAGGAGAAAAAUGAGCGAGUGAAUCAGAUUAUCAAGGAACUGGGUUUGAGCAAAGUUGCAGAUUCCAAGGUUGGUACCCAGUUCUCUCGUGGGGUGUCUGGAGGAGAGCGGAAAAGGACUAAUAUUGGGAUGGAGCUCAUCACAGAUCCUGCCAUCUUGUUUUUGGAUGAGCCAACCACAGGACUUGAUGCCAGCACUGCUAAUGCUGUUCUACUGCUACUGAAAAGGAUGUCAAAACAAGGAAGGACAAUCAUCUUCUCCAUCCACCAGCCUCGGUACUCCAUAUUCCGACUGUUUGACAACCUGACACUGCUGGCUGCAGGGAGAGUGCUGUACCAUGGGCCGGCCCAGCAUGCCAUCGAGUAUUUUCAGUCCAUUGGCUACCAGUGCGAGCCCUACAACAACCCUGCUGAUUUUUUUCUGGAUGUCAUCAAUGGAGACUCCACUGCCAUGGCAAUGAACAAGGCUGAUGAAAGUAACACAGAGAGCACUGAAGAAUGCUCUGAAUAUGAUAAAACCUUGGCUGAGCAAUUAGCAGAAAAAUACUCCAACUCUGCCUACUACCGAGAAACAAAAGCACAUUUAGAGAGCAUUUCUUCAGGAAAUAAAAAGAAAACCAAACAAUUUUUCCAGCAAAUCACAUAUGCCAAUUCCUUCCUCCACCAACUGAAAUGGGUGUCCAAGCGCACAUUUAAAAACCUGAUAGGAAACCCUCAGGCUUCCAUAGCUCAGCUUUGUAUUACAGCUUUUCUGGGACUGAUUGUAGGCGCCAUCUACUUUGGACUUGAGGAGAACUCUGCUGGACUACAGAACAGAGUGGGUGCAAUGUUCUUUCUGACCACCAACCAGUGUUUCAGCAGUGUCUCAGCUCUUGAACUCUUUGUUGUAGAAAAGAAGAUAUUUAUGCAUGAAUAUAUCAGUGGGUACUACAGAAUAUCUGUAUACUUCAUAGCAAAGCUAAUGGCUGAUUUAAUACCCAUAAGGACUAUGCCCAGCAUCAUCUUCACCUGCAUAGUUUACUUCAUGCUAGGUUUGAAACCAACAGUAGAAGCCUUCUUUAUAAUGAUGUUCACUCUUAUGAUGGUGUCCUACACAGCCACUUCCAUGGCACUUGCCAUUGCAGCAGGACAGAGCGUGGUCGCUAUAGCAAACCUACUCAUGACUGUUGCAUUUGUUUUUAUGAUUAUUUUCUCUGGGUUGCUGGUUAAUCUCACAAGCGUCAUGUCCUGGCUCUCUUGGCUCAAAUAUUUUAGCAUCCCUCGAUAUGGAAUGACAGCUUUACAGAUCAAUGAGUUGACUGAUCUGAACUUCUGUGGCAGCAGUAACAACACAGUUUUAAGCAGUGACAGUAGCUAUCGACAGACAGGCCAGAUGCCAUGUACUGGAGAGGAGUAUCUGAAGAGUCAAGGCAUCGAUAUGAGCACCUGGGGCCUGUGGCAGAACCACCUGGCUCUGGCCUGCAUGACACUAAUCUUCCUUACCAUCGCCUACCUCAAACUGCACUUCGUGAAGAAGUUCUCCUAAAACCAGAGGGAAAGAUGCAAUUCCCACUGUUUAGUAGUUUGCUGAACUGAUUGUGCAACUGACUUGAUUAUUUUUAAGGAGAAAUUUCUUUGUACUUUUAUUAUU